CCGGAUCGCCGCCGCUAGACGAGUGUAGUGUAGCUUCCAAGAUGGCCGUCAGCUCUGAUGAAUGCGUUGCACUGUAAAUUUUAAUCGAUUUUGCAAUAUUAACUGUUUAUGCAAUGUUUUCUAUAGUUUUUUAUUUAUAUUAAUCAUUAAUAACAAUAAUAAUCAUAAUUUAUUAUUGUCAUAGUGCGUUAUUUCUAUGCGGUGCAAGUAGUUUCAUACUUUUGAGUCUUUCAAGUAUCGGCUUCGUUUCAAGUGUAAAAUACUGCAUGUUUAUGGGCGGCUGAAAAUUGUGAGACAAUGAACACGUGGAACCAGUGGGGCGCAGCUCCUGGCGCAGCAACAGUAGCGGCGGGCUACCAGAAUGCGGCUGCAGCGGCGGCAGGCGCGAAUCCUGGUAUGGCUGGCGCAUCGGCUGGCAUGGUGUUCCCGGGUGCGGCUAAUCCGGCCGCUACCAACGCAGCCGCAGCCGCCGCACUCACGCCUUAUGCGGCCAUGGGCGCAUACGGCUACUAUGGCAACGCUGCUAUGCCUCCCGGGUACGGAGCACAAUGGCCAGGUGCGGCGGCUGCUCCAGGGGCAGGGGCGGGGGGUGUGGGGCCUGUGGCAGGGGGUGCAGCGGCCCAAUGGCAGCAGACUCAGUGGGAGCAGUGGCAGCAGCAGUAUGCCCAGUGGCAACAGCAGUACGGAGCCAAGAUGCCCGGAAUGCCACCCACGCAACCACAACCUGUAUCAUCAGCUCCCAGCGCAACAGAUCAGAAUCAAGCUGUAUCUGCACCAAGCAGUGACACAACGGUACGACUACGUUAUAAAUAUUCAUCAAUCUAUCCUCUUCAUACUAAAAUAGGCUUUGCAAUUCUGUUAUUCUGUCCCAGAAGUUCUUUAUUCGAAACUCUGGAGGAGCUGAUUGAAGCAGAAAAAGCUUUCGAUGUACAGUUCAAAAACUGGGAGAGCCAGUUUGAGAAAUGGAAAGAACAGAAUAUCAACCACCCUGACAAAAUGUGUUGA